AUGUAUUUCCUGAGCGGCUGGCCCAAGAGGCUGCUCUGCCCUUUGGGGAGCCCGGCCGAGGCGCCUUUCCACGUUCAGUCCGACCCCCAGAGGACUUUCUUCGCCGUACUGGCCCCAGCUCGCCUCAGCAUCUGGUACAGUCGGCCCAGUGUAUUAAUUGUAACCUACAAGGAACCUGCAAAAUCGUCUUCUCAGUUUGGGUCCUACAAGCAAGCUGAAUGGAGGCCAGAUAGUACCAUGAUAGCUGUGUCAACGGCAAAUGGCUACAUCUUGUUUUUUCACAUAACAUCUACAAGAGGGGACAAGUACCUUUAUGAACCAGUGUAUCCCAAAGGAAGCCCACAAAUGAAAGGUACACCCCAUUUUAAGGAAGAACAGUGUGCUCCAGCAUUAAAUUUAGAGAUGAGGAAAAUACUGGAUUUGCAAGCACCCAUCAUGAGUUUGCAGUCUGUGCUGGAAGAUCUCCUGGUUGCUACUUCUGAUGGACUUCUUCAUCUUAUUCACUGGGAAGGAAUGACAAAUGGGAGGAAAGCUAUUAAUCUUUGUACAGUACCCUUUUCAGUAGACCUGCAGUCAUCUAGAGCAGGUUCAUUCCUGGGUUUUGCAGAUGUGCACAUUAGAGACAUGGAAUACUGUGCCACACUUGAUGGAUUUGCUGUUGUGUUUAAUGAUGGUAAAGUUGGAUUUAUUACACCAGUGUCAAGUAGAUUUACUGCAGAGCAGCUUCAUGGAGUUUGGCCACAAGAUGUUGUUGAUGGAACUUGUGUAGCAGUAAAUAACAAGUAUCGACUGAUGGCAUUUGGUUGUGCAAGUGGUUCUGUACAGGUUUAUACAAUAGAUAACACCACUGGAGCCAUGCAGCUGUCUCAUAAACUAGAGUUAACAGCAAAACAGUAUCCUGACAUUUGGAACAAAACAGGAGCUGUUAAGUUGGUCAGAUGGUCUCCUGACAAUAGUGUUGUGGUAGUGACCUGGGAAUAUGGAGGCCUUUCUUUAUGGAGUGUAUUUGGAGCCCAGCUGAUUUGUACACUUGGAGGAGAUUUUGCUUAUAGGUCAGAUGGUACCAAAAAAGAUCCCCUUAAAAUCAACUCCAUGAGCUGGGGUGCUGAAGGCUAUCACCUCUGGGUAAUCAGUGGAUUUGGUUCUCAAAAUACUGAAAAUGAGUCUGACUCCAAGAGUAUAGUUAAACAGCCUGGUAUUCUACUGUUUCAGUUUAUCAAGAGUGCACUCACUGUAAACCCUUGUAUGAGUAACCAAGAGCAAGUGUUGCUUCAGGGGGAGGAUCGAUUGUACUUGAACUGUGGAGAGGCCUCACAGAGCCAGAAUCCCAGGAGUUCUUCAGCUCACUCUGAUCACAAAACCUGUCGGGAAAAGAGCCCCUUUGCAGAUGGCAGUUUAGAGUCUCAGAGUUUAAGCACUUUACUUGGUCAUCGGCAUUGGCAUGUAGUACAGAUUUCCAGCACCUAUCUAGAGAGCAAUUGGCCUAUACGGUUUUCAGCUAUUGAUAAACUUGGCCAGAAUAUUGCUGUUGUUGGCAAGUUUGGUUUUGCACAUUACUCUUUACUCACCAAAAAAUGGAAGCUUUUUGGAAACAUUACCCAGGAGCAGAAUAUGAUUGUGACAGGUGGCUUAGCCUGGUGGAAUGAUUUUAUUGUCCUUGCAUGUUAUAACAUAAGUGAUCGUCAAGAAGAGCUCAGAGUGUAUUUGCGAACCUCAAAUCUGGACAAUGCUUUUGCUUAUGUCACCAAAACACAAGCAGAAACAUUACUGCUUAGUGUUUUCCGGGACAUGGUAAUAGUUUUUCGAGCAGACUGUUCAAUAUGCCUUUAUAGUAUUGAAAGAAAAUCUGAUGGUCCAAAUACUGCUGGUAUUCAGGUUCUUCAGGAAGUAUCCAUGUCACGCUACAUUCCGCACCCUUUCCUGGUGGUAUCUGUCACUCUGACAUCAGUGAGUACAGAGAAUGGAAUCACCUUGAAGAUGCCACAGCAGGCUCGUGAUGCAGAGAGCAUUAUGCUAAAUCUGGCAGGACAGCUCAUCAUGAUGCAGAGGGACAGGUCCGGCCCUCAGAUCCGAGAGAAGGACAGCAACCCUAACCAAAGGAAACUUUUGCCAUUCUGUCCUCCUGUUGUACUAGCCCAGUCUGUUGAAAAUGUCUGGACCACAUGUCGCGCAAAUAAACAGAAGCGUCACCUGUUGGAGGCCCUCUGGCUGAGCUGUGGUGGUGCCGGGAUGAAAGUCUGGCUCCCUCUUUUCCCCAGGGAUCACCGCAAGCCCCAUUCCUUCUUGUCCCAGCGGAUCAUGCUGCCUUUCCACAUAAAUAUCUACCCCCUGGCUGUUCUGUUUGAAGAUGCAUUAGUCCUUGGUGCUGUCAAUGACACUCUGCUCUACGAUUCUCUGUAUUCUCGCAACAGUGCUAGGGAACAGCUGGAGGUGCUCUUCCCUUUCUGUGUUGUGGAGAGAACCUCUCAGAUCUACCUCCAUCACAUUCUGCGUCAGCUGCUGGUGAGGAACCUCGGGGAGCAAGCUCUGCUCUUAGCCCAGUCCUGUGCCGCGCUGCCUUACUUUCCCCACGUGCUGGAGCUCAUGCUCCAUGAAGUGCUGGAAGAAGAAGCUACCUCACGGGAGCCCAUUCCCGACCCUCUGCUUCCCACGGUGGCAAAAUUUAUCACCGAGUUCCCACUCUUCCUGCAGACAGUUGUUCACUGUGCCAGGAAGACUGAGUAUGCCCUGUGGAACUACCUGUUUGCAGCUGUUGGAAACCCCAAGGACUUGUUUGAAGAAUGUUUGAUGGCUCAGGAUUUAGAUACUGCUGCGUCUUACCUUAUUAUCUUACAGAACAUGGAAGUUCCAGCAGUAAGUAGGCAACAUGCCACCCUUCUUUUCAACACAGCCCUGGAACAAGGCAAGUGGGACCUGUGUCGACACAUGAUUCGAUUUCUGAAAGCCAUUGGCUCUGGAGAAUCUGAGACGCCCCCAUCCACACCUACAGCUCAGGAGCCCAGUUCAAGUGGUGGUGGAUUUGAGUUCUUCAGGAAUCGAAGCAUCAGUUUAUCCCAGUCAGCUGACAGCGUUCCUGCUAGUAAAUUCAGCUUACAGAAAACACUAAGUAUGCCAUCUGGUCCUUCUGGAAAAAGAUGGAGCAAAGACAGUGACUGUGCUGAGAACAUGUAUAUUGAUAUGAUGCUCUGGAGACACGCUCGGCGUCUCUUAGAAGAAGUUCGGCUAAAGGAUCUCGGCUGCUUUGCAGCCCAGUUGGGCUUUGAACUCAUUAGUUGGCUGUGCAGGGAGCGUACCCGUGCUGCCCGAGUAGACAACUUCGUGUUGGCCCUGAAGAGGCUCCACAAAGAUUUCCUUUGGCCACUUCCCAUCACCCCAGCUGCUUCUGUCAGUUCUCCUUUCAGAAACGGAAAAUACCGAACAGUGGGAGAGCAGCUCUUAAAGUCACAGUCAACUGACCCAUUUUUAAACCUCGAGAUAGAUGCUGGUGUCUCUAAUGUCCAACGAAGUCAGAGCUGGCUCAGCAACAUUGGCCCUGCUCAUCAAGAAAUAGACACAGCUUCAUCUCAUGGGCCACAGAUGCAAGAUGCCUUCCUGUCACCUUUAUCUAAUAAAGGUGAUGAAUGCAGUAUUGGUUCAGCCACGGACUUGACUGAAAGUAGCUCCAUGGUGGAUGGAGACUGGACAAUGGUGGAUGAAAAUUUCUCCACACUCAGUCUAACCCAGUCAGAGCUGGAGCAUAUCUCCAUGGAGUUGGCGAGUAAAGGGCCUCACAAAUCCCAGGUCCAGCUUCGGUAUUUGCUGCACAUCUUCAUGGAGGCAGGAUGUCUGGACUGGUGCAUUGUUAUAGGCCUGAUUCUUAGAGAAUCCUCAAUAAUCAACCAGAUUUUGGUUAUUAUACAGUCUUCAGAGGUAGAUGGAGAGAUGUUACAGAACAUAAAGACAGGGCUGCAUGCUGUGGACCGAUGGGCCUCCACAGAUUGUCCUGGAUAUAAGCCAUUUUUAAACAUCAUUAAGCCACACCUGCAGAAGCUUAGUGAGAUAACAGAAGAGCAGGUUCAGCCUGAAGCCUUCCAGCCAAUGACUGUGGGUAAGACUCCUGAACAGACUAGUCCCCGGGCAGAGGAGAACAGGAGCUCCUCGGGCCAUGGGAGCAUCCCCCAGGGCGAGGUCGGAGGCAGCAGUUUGGUCAGCCGGAAAGAAGAGGACACAACACGAGCAGAGGAGGAGGAACCUUUUCAAGAUGGGACUUACGACUGUUCUGUGUCCUAA